ACACACACAAACAAGGAGAAAACAAAUUUAAAAAGAAAAGAGAGCUCUCCAUCAAGAAAAGCACCUCCAUUUGAGAAACCUUUAUUAUAGCUCCUCCAAUUUUCUUUUGUAAAUCAUAUACUACUAUUAAAAUCUCGGAAAAGAAUUCUGAGAAAUCCCCAAAUUAAAAAUUUCGCCAUGAGGGGCUAAGAGUUCCUAGCACUCUCACCCUCGACUAUCAGAAAUGAUCAGCCGUUUGAUCUGAGCAAAGAAGUAAACAAUUUCGAGAAUGGAAUCCAGCAUUGAAUGCGUAACUGACGGAUUAAUGGACGAAGAUGAGAUCUCUUCUCAGUUUUCGUCUUCGAAGUCGUCUCACACUAAUAUCAACACCAAUAAUCUGAAUGGGAUGGUUAUCAAUCCGGCGACGAGUGUUCACGAGCUUCUAGAAUGCCCUGUUUGCACCAAUUCUAUGUACCCUCCAAUCCAUCAGUGUCACAACGGUCAUACCAUAUGUUCGACAUGUAAAGUAAGGGUUCAUAACAAGUGUCCGACUUGUAGGCAUGAGCUUGGUGAUAUAAGAUGUUUAGCACUAGAAAAAGUUGCUGAAUCACUUGAACUUCCUUGCAAGUAUUCCACCCUUGGAUGCCCCGAGAUCUUUCCUUAUUAUAGUAAGUUGAAACAUGAGGCUGCCUGUAAUUUUAGGCCUUACACCUGCCCAUAUGCUGGAUCAGAGUGCUCCGUCGUUGGGGAUAUUCCUUACCUAGUUGCUCACUUACGUGACGAUCACAAAGUGGACAUGCAUUCUGGAUGCACAUUCAAUCAUCGCUAUGUUAAAUCAAAUCCUCGGGAUGUAGAGAAUGCCACAUGGAUGCUAACUGUCUUCCAUUGUUUUGGACAGUAUUUUUGUCUACAUUUCGAAGCUUUCCAAUUGGGCAUGGCUCCUGUCUACAUGGCAUUUCUUCGAUUCAUGGGAAACGAGAUGGAUGCCCGGAACUACAGCUACAGUUUGGAGGUUGGGGGAAACGGCCGGAAGCUUAUAUGGGAGGGCACCCCUCGGAGCAUCAGAGACAGUCACCGGAAGGUUAGGGACAGCCACGAUGGCCUAAUCAUACAACGGAAUAUGGCCCUCUUCUUCUCAGGAGGGGACAGGAAAGAACUUAAGCUUCGUGUGACGGGGCGAAUAUGGAAGGAACAACAGAACCCAGAUGGUGGAGCUUGCAUACCCAACUUCUGCAGCUAAUGCUGCUUCAAUUGUUGUUGUUUUUGGGUUGUUUUCUUCCCUUUUCAGAAAGAUGUAACUUCAAAUCUAAAAAAUGUGUUGCUAUAUCACAAGGGUAUGUUAUGACAAUUUCUUGAAGACUAAAGUCCCAAAAUGGUCCUUAA